AUGGCCGACUCAAUUAUAUCAUUACUGGGGCAGAACCCGACCGCUGGGAUUGCAGUGGGCGGUGCUCUUGUCGCUGCUGCCAUUGGUCUGACAGCUGCUAAAGCGCUAAGCAGCAAGGCAGCUCCGGAAUCUAAGGAAAAAGCGUCUAGUAUUAAUCUCGAAGAAUUUGUGGAUGACGGCCCAGACUCAGAGGAGGAGGAAGCCAUUCGCGCUGAAAAGCGGAAGCUGAAGCUGAAGCAGAAAAAGAAAAAUGCAAAGGCUAAGCAACGCUUGACUGCUUCUUCUUCUGGCAAGUCAGCUGUGGACGUAGACAAAGAGAAAGAAAAGAAAAAGGCUGCGGCUGCUGUUCUUCAACAGGAGGCAGAAGAUGGUUGGGAAACGGUCGUUAACAAGAAAAAGUCAGUGAAGACGAAGACGCAGUGA